AUGUUAAAGGAAAUUGGUAAUAAGUACGGAAAGCGCCCUUCUGGGUUUGCUGUAGAAAUGGUUUUUAUUGAUGGUGUUAAAUACGCUUGUGCAACGUGCAUUAAAGGUCAUCGUUCUACCGCUUGUCAACACUCUGACCGACCACUUUUUGUUAUCAAAAGGAAAGGUCGACCUAUAACCCAAUGUUCACAUUGUCGUGAACUUCGUAAAACUCAGAAAGUUCAUGUGAAAUGUAAUUGUGUCGAAAGGAAAAAGGAAGAAUCUAUUUCAAUUUUACCACAAGGAAUUCCCAAUAGAGACUAUAUCACUGACAAUCAAAGUUCUUAUAAUGGGUCUACUUCAGAGGAUAAGACUUCGGUGGGUGCAUUGUUGAACCCAUGUCAAUGUCUAACUGGAGCAAAGUGUAUUUGUUGUCGACCCAUUGAAAAACAAUAUAAUGCUAAUCACACUGAAUCAUCGGCUCAAACUCCAAGGUAUAUGUUGCCGCCAAUCCCCUCUUCACUUGAAAAUCAUAACUCGCAACUUCCUAUUGUAUCUUCUUGGGAAAUUCAUCACGUUAAUAAUAAUGAUGGGACGCAUUCAAGAAAUAAUUAUCCUUCUUUCGCACGAAGAAACAAUUCACAUAUGAAUAGCCAUUUUACAAGGCCUUAUAGUCAAAAUUCAUUAGAGCAAGGAUAUUCAGAUAAUAAUAAAGAUGAUGAUAUAGAUUUGAGGUCUCAUGAUCAAAGUGGUGUUCUAGGUGAAGAAAUUUGUCAUAGUACUUCUGCUGAUUUGGUCCAUAUAAUCUAUAAACCAUUUCAAAGUUGUUCUUCUGCCAUGACUGAUGGAAGUUGUUGUGGAAGUAGUAACUCUACAACGGUGAUGCCAAUUUGUAGAUGUGGUUCAGGAUGUAAAUGUGAAGGUUGUGAUGCUCAUGCGGAAAGAGUCAACGUAGGAGAUUCUUAUAAUAAUGUUUCUCAACCAGGUCGUCCAAAAUAUUCGUGUUGUUCUUCCUUUUCGCCCGAGAUCAUUCAACCUAUUCAACCUGAACACACCGUCACCUUGGAUGAAGAUGGUGUGCAAAUAUGUGGUUGUGGUUGUGAAAAAUAUGACUCGGAUUGUUCAGAUUGUUUAAAAAGUUUAUGUGAAGGUAUGUUAAUGACAAAAAAAAAAUUAUAA